AUGACUCGCAAGAUGGCCCAGCAGGUCUUCCUGCUCGCUAUAGAAUAUAACGUCGAUGGCGUUCCGCCUGGAGGGAAGGCUGUGCUCGGUGCUUUGGCGGCGCCAGUGAAGCAUAAAAAUAAGGAUGCUGCUGGGCACAGGUUUCAUGAGUAUGCUCUCAGGCAAUCCGGAUUCUUUGCCAACGAGGAGGACGUUGCUGUUCAGCAGGAGGAUUCCACAGUAAAGCCCAGUCCAUCACAGGGCUCAUUCAUUAAUGACGACCAGCCUCCCCCAGGAGUAAGCUGGAAGGGCAAGAAGAAGAAGAAGAAAAAGUCAGAGAAGGAGGACCUGUACGCUCUCCUGGGCCUGCAGAACGAGCGAUGGACUGCCACAGACGCACAGAUCAAGCUUGCGUACCGCAAGUCAGCACUGGAGCAUCACCCGGACAAGGCAGGGGCGGCCUCCGCGGAUGAGGCAACCAAGCAGGCCAUUGAGGAGAAGUUCAAGGCCAUCCAGGAAGCCUAUGAGACGCUCUCCGACCCGGCCAGGCGCAGGGAGUUUGACUCCACCGAUGACUUUGAUGACACGCUGCCCAUGGACUGCGCGCCCGAGGACUUCAUCAAGGUGUUUGGGCCGGCGUUCCGGCGCAACAGCCGGUGGUCUGUGGCGACGCCGGUACCGGAGGUGGGCGAGGAUGAGACGGCCUGGGAGGACGUGGACAAGUUCUACGACUUCUGGUUCAGCUUCAAGUCCUGGCGCGAGUUCCCCCAUCCCGACGAGGAGGACGUGGAGCAGGCAGAGUGCAGAGAGGAGAAGAGGUGGCUCGAACGCAUGAAUUCAAAGUUGAGAGAGGCAGGGAAGAAGGAAGAGAAGAGGCGGCUGAAGGAGUUUGUGGAGAACGCAUACAGAUGCGACCCCCGCGUCAUAGCGCACAAAGAGGCACAGCGAGCAGAGAGGGACCGGAAGAAGAGAGAAAAGGAGGCUGAGAGGCAGCGCAAGGCGGAGGCAGAGGAGAAAGCGCGCGCAGAGGAGGCUGCCCGGGUGGCGGCCGAGACGGCAGCCGCUGCGGAGGCAGCCGCCGAAGCGCGCAAGGUCCGGCAGAUAGAGAAGAAGGCGACCCAGAAGGAGCGCUCGCGCCUGCGCAGCCUCUGUGCUGACAUGGGCACGAUUGUGGAUGAGAUGGCAGAGCUGCUGUGCUCCAACCUGCAGAAGGAUGACCUGGCGGCCAUAAACGCCAGCCUGUCCGCCGAGGGCGCCACCGCCGCCACAAAGGAGGCCCUGCUCAAGGAGCGGGUGGGCGAGGUGGAGCGCGCACUUUACGGCGAGCAGAGGGCUAAGGAGGAGGCUGCCAAGCGCGCGGCUGCCGAGGAGCGCGCAGCCAAGCGCGCGGCCGAACGGCAGAAGGUGCAGAAGGCCAAGGAGUGGUCCGACGAGGAAGUGCGCCUGCUGGAAAAAGCCCUCGACAAGUUCCCACAGGGAACUGUGAAGAGGUGGGAGGCAGUGGCGGGCUAUGUUCGCACGCGCGGAGUGGACGAGGUGCUGGACAUGGUCAAGCACGGCCUCAAGGCCGGCCGCUUCGCGCCCAAGCAGGACAACUUCGCCGUCGCCAAGAAGCGCCAGGGGAACACAACGAUUGCGUCGGACGCAACGCAGCGGGUGGAGGCCUUCACAGAUGUGGACGUCAACUUGUCGGGCAAGGCAGCCGCCGUCCUCGGAGGCCCCGCAGAAGCCGCUGCACUCGCCAACGGCCACGCCGCCCCUCAGGCAAAUGGCAAUGGGACGCCGCGGUCAGCGUCGAAGCGGGCGCCGGCGCCGAUGCCGGCGGCUGCUAAGGAGGCGCUGACGGAGAACGGCGGCGGCCGAUCGCGCGCGCGAGCGGCCAACGGCAAGGCCAGCCCCGCCAAGAAGGAGGGCGCCUGGUCCGAGGAGCAGGAGCUCGCCCUCGUGCAGGCGCUGAAGAAGUUUGGGAAGGAUGACAAGGAGCGCUGGGAGAAUGUGUCCCAGGACGUGCCGGGCAAGAACAAGGCGGAGUGCAUGCGCCGCUUCAAGGAGCUGCGGGAGAGCUUCAGGAGCAAGAAGGACACAAACUAG